CCCCACAGUCAGCAAAACACACGUUAGAGCGCAGGUCCACGGCAAGCGAAUCCUGCAGAGCUCCGUGUAUGUGUGUUGAGUGUGUGUGUGUGUGUCAGAGUGUCAGGAGGAGAGAGAGACAGCGUGGACUAGCUGCUUCUGAACCACUGCAGGAGCACUAAAUCUGGGACUGUCACAGAUACUGAAGGAGAGAGAGAAAGGACGUUUAUCUAGCACCACAGUUAUGGAGACUCAUCUCUGCUGUCCACCAGCAGAUCAAACUAGAAGCAAAGGACAGAAAAGUCAGCCGCCGUAUUGACUUUAAUCUUCUCCCGGAAGAAGGAGAUUAUAUUCCCUGACAGUUUGCUCUCAGAAGGUGAAGAUUAGGAGUGGAUUUUCCCCUUCUUUCUUUCCUUUUUUUUUCUUCUGUUUUUAGUUAAUUGCUGUGCUUUUGGGGGCUCCUCACCCUCUUCACAAGUCGUCACCUCUCUCAGAUCCUUCCUUUCCUUCCCAGCAUCUUCUCUGCAUGCUUUUUCACUGCUCUGCAGGUGAACACACUCAUGGUGGAUGCCAAGGGAAGGAACAUGAAAUGUUUGACGUUCUUGUUGAUGCUUCCAGAGUCAGUUAAGAGCAAGUCCAGUAAAGGCUCCAAAAAGGGGAGUCCCAGCAGCUCGUCCAAGCUGCCCCCUGUGUGCUAUGAGAUCAUCACCUUGAAAACCAAGAAGAAGAAGAAGAUGGCAGCGGAGAUCUUUCCCACUAAGAAGCCGGCGUCGGCCACCACAGUGCAGCAGUACCAGCAGCAGAACUUGAACAACAACAACACCAUCCAAUGCUGCAACUGGCAGGGUCUCUACUCCACCAUCAGGGAGAGAAAUUCUGUGAUGUUCAAUAAUGAACUGAUGGCUGAUGUUCACUUUGUUGUCGGUCAGUCCGGAGGGACUCAGAGGCUCCCGGGACACAAGUAUGUCCUUGCUGUGGGAAGCUCUGUUUUCCACGCCAUGUUCUAUGGAGAGUUGGCAGAAGACAAGGAUGAGAUCCGUAUCCCUGAUGUGGAACCUCCAGCCUUUCUGGCUAUGCUUAAGUACAUUUACUGUGACGAAAUUGACUUGAGUGCCGACACCGUACUGGCAACAUUAUACGCAGCCAAAAAGUACAUAGUCCCACACCUGGCUCGAGCCUGCGUCAACUUCUUGGAAACAAGUUUGAGUGCGAAGAAUGCGUGUAUUCUUCUGUCUCAGAGCUGUCUGUUUGAAGAGCCAGACCUAACGCAACGCUGCUGGGAAGUCAUUGAUGCUCAGGCUGAGCUGGCACUUAAGUCUGAGGGCUUUUGUGACAUUGACGCUCAGACCUUGGAGAGCAUCCUCAGACGGGAGACUCUGAACGCUAAGGAGAUUGUAGUGUUUGAAGCGGCACUAAGCUGGGCAGAGGCCGAAUGCCAGCGGAAAGAGUUGAGCACAAGUAUUGACAACAAACGCAAGGUAUUGGGCCAAGCCGUCUACCUGAUCCGUAUCCCAACCAUGGGUCUUGAUGAUUUCGCAAACGGUGCUGCACAAUCAGGAGUGUUAACGCUGAACGAGACCAAUGAUAUUUUCUUAUGGUACACGGCGGCUAAGAAACCCGAGCUGCAGUUUGUCAGCCAACCUCGUAAGGGAUUGACGCCACAGAAGUGCCACCGCUUCCAGUCGUGCGCCUACCGCAGCAACCAGUGGCGUUAUCGCGGACGUUGUGACAGCAUUCAGUUUGCCGUCGAUAAGCGUGUGUUUAUUGCCGGUUUCGGACUUUACGGCUCAAGCUGCGGUUCUGCUGAGUACACCGCCAAGAUCGAGCUCAAACGGCAAGGGGUCGUUCUGGGAACCAACCUUAGUAAGUACUUUUCAGAUGGAUCCAGCAACACCUUCCCCGUUUGGUUUGAGUAUCCGGUUCAGAUCGAGCCUGACACUUUCUAUACGGCCAGUGUAGUUCUGGAUGGAAAUGAACUGAGUUAUUUUGGACAAGAGGGUAUGACGGAAGUUCAGUGUGGGAAGGUGACCUUCCAGUUUCAGUGCUCUUCGGACAGCACCAAUGGCACAGGUGUGCAGGGCGGCCAGAUUCCAGAGCUCGUUUUCUAUGCCUGAGUUUCCCCUGGGAAAACAAAAAACUGCCCACCUUACUAUUGUGAAAUAGCUUUACAUUACUUACAAUAUCUGUUUUUCUAUUACAUGGCAGAAUUCAACUCCUCCAAUGAUGCCAGCUCAAGCAAACUGAGGCAUAACAGGCAUUACAAGGGUUUUGUUUUGAGCUGUUAGUGGUUUUUCGGAGGCUGUCAAACCGUGAACGGUUACACUGUCCUUCCUCCUUGUCUUAAAAGUGAAUUAAAUAUUUUAUUUCGUGCUCUGCAUAACGCUGCACCUGUUUACAAAGAAAAUCUAAUUUUAAUAGUAUAGGAGUUGUUGUCUAAGCUCCUAAUUAGAUGCCACAGCCUGGCUGUUGCUCAUUAUCUUAAUUGAUUUACAAUAGUUCUGAUUCAUUUAAUUUGAGAGGGGACAUUGUGCAUUGUACAGUAUAUAUUUAAAUGUGUGAAGUAAAUUAUAAAUAUAUAUAUAUAUAUAUAUAUAAAUAUACUAUAUUUACUCCAUGGCUACAUCUGUUUACAAUGACUAUGCCAUGUUAGUGAACGCUUGCACAUGUAUAUUGUAGCAAUAGUGAACAAAAUUCUCAUGAUAACAGUCUAACUCCAGCAUUUCUCCACAUCACGAUUCAAGGCAAUCAAAUACCUAACACCAAAGUCACCAUAACUACUUUUUAAUCAGCAUCAUCAAGCACAGAUUGUUUAGAAUAAUCACAUCAUUUAGAUUUAGAAACAUCCCUCCAUUCUUUGCAUCAGUCAUAGUGAGGAAUAUAAACUAUAAAAUGUUUUGAGCUUAAACAUAUGUAGAGUUUGCACUGGAAUAAACACUUUUCAUUUCAAAGUCUGCAGUAGACCUUAGUCAACCCUGACAGCAACAUAAUGUGGGCCGGAUCUGGGCCAACACUUUGUUGCUGUCAGGGGGUAGAUGUUGUACUAUUUAAUGUUACGAAAAUGAAAACAAGACUGUGAGGGACAGAUGUUCUGUUCAAUAAGUUAUGUUUUUAAAUUCGACUUUGACUACAUGGCAUGGGACCUUAAGGCAGUACAGGAUUUUGGACUGUACAUCUGUCCCAAACCGUUUCCAUUCUCGGAAGAUUAACAUAGCCUGAGGUCACUAGAAUCAAAUGUACAGUGAACUGCUUCAUGUUGUAUUAUAAUCAGCAGAAUGAACAUCCUAAAUAUUUAUCUUACAAUAAAACGUCUCUGGGUUCUAUGAAACAUGGCUUAUUUGAUUAACAGUUCACCAGUAAGUCUUUUUUAUGCCGGUUUUGUAAAGUGCACUAAGAAACUAACACAUAUGUUAUGAUUAAUUCAGCUGAAAUAACAGGUUACAUAUUCACAGCAUCACCAUCACACAAUGUGACGUUUUGGGAUAUUGUCAUCAUUUCCACCAUAAGUGUUGUGUUCAUGGCUAAUUAGCAGCAUAAUUAGCUGUCACCCAACAAACCCUUCUUCACGCUACUAAAUGGGAUGUUGUCAACUAAUAUUAUAUCACAUAUUUGUAAAGACAAGAUAUUUCAAGCAUUAUAUUUUGUCUGCUUUGGGUUGUAAGUACCAGCAUUGUUGUUUUCCCCCUCUUAUUUUUUAUUAAGGUGUCAAAGCGGCAAGAAUGCAGAAACAUAAUUCUAUUCCCUGUAGAACAUUUAGUGGCAGACAUAAUAGCGAUGAGCAGAAGACAAAUAACUGCUCUUUACACUGAUCAAGAAAUUACCAGUCACAUUUUAUCAAAACACUGAUAUUAUCUAAUAUUACUACUCCUGAUUUUACAUGGUGACAAUGAUAGCAGGACAUUUGUCCUUUGAAUCAAGUCUGCAUCCCACUCAACAAUCAAUAAAGUGAAACACUAGGGUUAUAUAAGGUGCACUUUAAAAUGUGCUUGAACAUCAAUGUUUAUACAUGCAAAUCAAUUAAAAUGUGUCACGUUAUGGACUUUUGUGUGUCGAGAUUUUGUUAAUGUCAUGUUUUUAUUUACAAGUGAAUUUAUCCAUCACAUGAGCUACUUUAAUCUUUGUGCACUACUUAGAAGAGGUCAUUGAUGGAGCUUGCUGUGUGUUUGAUGAACACUUCUGUGAAUGUGUAUAAAGCAUAUGUUUGUGUGUUACAGUACAGAGAGACUUAUGAAUGUGUAUGAUAGUUGAACAUGCAAAUAAACUGAACAAGCAGUUGUAUUAUGA